GGUUGGUUCUGCUAAACAACUGGUUAAUCAUACAUUUUGAGAUCAGUAUUUGGCCAGCAAAAGCUUGACUUUAAAACCAACAUGGUGUUUUUGCACAACCGCUGACCAUGAGAACUGUUCUAGUGGCCUUGACUAUAGCCCUUGUGGCAAGUCAACAUGUGAAUCUUUUCCCUGAUUUGGCAGGCACCGAGACCUAUGUGUACAAAUAUGAGGCUCUGCUCUUUAGUGGUCUUUACCAGGAAGGUCUGGCCAGGGCUGGCAUUAAGAUCAACAGCAAGGUUUUAAUUAGUACUGCAGCUGAGAAUGCAUUCUUUCUUAAGCUCUCGAAACCUCAGCUGUUUGAGUACAGUGGUAUCUGGCCCACAGAUACUUUUGUCACUUCUAAGCUCACCUCAGAAGUGUCUGCUCAGCUUCAGAUUCCUAUUAAGUUUGAGUACACAAAUGGUAAGGUUGGAAGGAUAUUCGCCCCUUCUGUGGUCCCAACUACCGUCAUCAACCUGCACAGAGGAAUUCUGAACAUCCUUCAGCUCAACCUCAAGAAGACCCAGAACAUCUAUGAGGUUCAAGAGGAUGGAGUUCAAGGUAUUUGCGAGACCCAGUAUCUGAUUAGUGAAGAUGAAGAAAACAACCACACCAUCAUCACUAAGUCCAGGGAUCUUACCCUUUGCCAAGAGAGGAUAAUGAAGGAUGUUGGCUUGACUUACAUUGAAAAGUGCAAUGAAUGUCAGCAGAGGGAAAAGAGUCUCUCUGGAGUUGCAACCUAUAGCUACACCAUGAAGCCAACUCCAACUGGUGUUGUGUUUACUGAAGCAACAGUCCAAGAGAUUCAUCAGUUUACACCUCAUUAUGAGAUUGGUGAUGCUACCCAGAUGGAAACUAGACAAACCUUGACCUUUCUGGAGAUUAUGGCAUCCCCCAUAAUUCCAAUCAGUGCUGAAUAUUUAGCCCGUGGAUCUUUACAAUAUGAAUUUAGCACUGAGACUGUCUGGAGUCCAAUUCAGCUCAUGAGAAUCAGUAAUCCACAGGCUCAAAUAGUAGAUGCUCUGAAUCACCUGGCAACCAAAAAACUGGAAGAAGUCCAUGAAGAUGUUCCUUUGAAAUAUAUUCAGCUCAUUCAGCUUAUGCGAUUUGCAAGUGCAGAUGCUGUUGAGGGAAUCUGGUCUCAGUUCAAAACCAGACCAAAUUUCAGGAAAUGGAUCUUAGAUGCUGUUCCUGCAGUUGGCACCCUAGCUGCUUUAAAAUUCAUCAAGAAGAUCAUCUUGGCAGAUAAGCUUUCCAUCCCUGAGUUCACUCAGGUCCUUCUGGCCGCUGUGCACAUGGUCACUGCUAAUUUGGACACCAUUAAGAUGUACUCUGGUCUGGCUUUGAGUCACAAAGUUCAAGAAACACCAGUUCUACGUGAUGUUGCUAUGCUUGGCUAUGGGACAAUGAUUAACAGGUACUGCAGUGGUGCUCUUGAAUGCCCAGUGGAGACUUUGAAGCCCAUCCAUGAGAUUGUUACUGAGGUGACUGCAGAGACUGACAUUGCAGAGAUCACAUUGAUUCUGAAAGUACUGGGCAAUGCUGGUCACCCUGCUAGCAUUAAAUACAUCACAAAGUUUCUACCAUUAUUUGGGAACCAAAUACCUAAUUUUCCAUUGAGAGUUCAAGUGGGUGCAAUUUUGGCUCUGAAGGCUGUUGCCAAAAAGGAACCAAAACUGGUCCAGAAUGUAGUUCUACAGAUUUUUGUGAACAAAGAUCUCCACCCAGAGCUGCGCAUGGUCUCAUGGAUUGUGCUUUUUGAGACAAAACCAGGCAUGGGUCUGGUUAUUACUCUUGCACGUGCUCUUUCGAAGGAACCAAAUCUACAGGUGGCCAGUCUCGUGUACUCUCACAUGAAAGCCUUGACAAGGAGCACAUCCCCUGAGUUUGCUCCAAUUGCUGCGGCCUGCAAUGUUGCCAUCAGGAUACUAAGCCCAAAACUGGAAAAACUUUGCUUUCUUUACAGCAAAGCAAUUUUCUUGGAUGGUUAUGAGCCUCGUCUCAUGGUUGGUGCUGUUGGUAGUGCUUUCAUCAUCAAUGAUGUUGCCACCGUCCUGCCCAGAGCUGUUGUAGCUAAAGCACGUGCUUACCUUGCUGGAGCUGCCACUGAUGUGAUUGAGGUUGGCAUCAGAACUGAUGGAAUUCAGGAGGCUCUUCUGAAAUCUCCAUUUCUGAAAGAUGAAAUGCAGCCCAGGAUGAAACAAGUGCUCAAGGCUUUAAAAGCAUUCAAGGCCCUCCCAAAGAAGCAGCCAUUGGGCUCGAUCUAUGUGAAACUUCUUGGACAAGAGAUCGCUUUUGCAAAUGUUGGCAAAGCAGUUCUUGAACAGGCAACACAGCUUACCACUGGAGGCUAUAUACCUGAACUGGCAGGGGAAGCACUUAAAGCAAUGCAGAAUGGCAUUGCUUUCAAAUAUGCCAAGCCCCUGCUGGUGGCUGAAGUGCGUCGCAUCUUCCCAUCAGUGGCUGGUGUACCCAUGGAGUUUAGUUUGUACACUGCUGCGGUUGCUGCUGCUAAUCUGAAGGUCCAGGCUAUUAUUACACCACCUCUAACUGAAAACAUCAGUGUUGCUCAUCUGAUGAAGACAGAUGUGAAGUUAACCACUGAAAUUUUACCCAGCAUUGCCUUACAGACCUUUGCUGUAAUGGGACUAAACACUGGCUUUAUUCAAGCUGCUUCCAUGGCCAGAGGAAAGAUCAGUACAUUUUUUCCUUUAAAAGUAGAAGCAAAGUUUAACAUCCCAAAUGCUAAUUUCAAGAUACAGGUCUUUCCUAUUGUACUUCCAGUGUAUGCUGUGACUGCACGCAUUGAAACUUUGUCAGUAACCAGAAACAUUAAGGAGGUCAAUGCAGAGAGAAUUACACCCAUUGUACCUGAGGCGGUAGUUGGGCAACAUUCACAAGAAAUACAUACCUCCAUGAUUUCACCUGGAGAUUUGUCAUCUGAAAACGUUAACCAUUUGGCAUCUGUUAUGCCACCUGCUGAGGAACCUGAACUGAGGACAAGUGUUCCAGUUCACAGAACUGUUUGUUCUGUUGUACCUCACAUUGGAGUCAAAGCAUGCAUGGAGAUUAUGUCCUGUAAUGCUGACUUCAUCAAAAACACCACCCUUUAUAACAUGAUUGGACAGCAUGGAGUACAUAUUAACAUAGCUCGAGCUGAUGGUCCUGCUGUUGAGGGACUAGAGCUAGAGGUCCAACUGGGUCCAAGAGCUGCUAAAAAGCUCCUUAAAGAAAUAAACAUUGGUGAUGCAAAGACUCCCAAGUUCAAGACUGUCCUUCAGAAAUUGAAGGAAAUACUAGAGGGUGGACAGAGGAACAAUAACUCCAGGUUCUUCAACCAUAAUGUAUUGUUUUACCCUAGAAGCACCAGUAGCCACAGCAUUAGUUCCAGCAGUUCUGUUCGCUCUUCCAACUCUCAUCUGUCCAAAGAACUUUCCAGUGGACAAAACAGUGAACGUUUCAAGCCUGUUAAGGAGGUGCAGGCUAUAUUCCUUGGGGACUCACUUCCUCCAGUGUUUGCUAUCAUUGCACGAGUUGUGAGAGUUGAUCGCAAAUUGUUGGGGUACCAGCUUGUUGCUUACCUGGACAGGCCCACCUCAAGAGUGCAGAUCAUUGUGGUCUCUAUUGCAGUGAAGGACAACUGGAAGAUGUGUGCCAAUGGCAUCCUGCUGAGCAAGCACGAAGUUGCUGCAAGGAUAGCCUGGGGUGCAGAGCGCCAACAAUAUGCAAUUUCCAUCAGCGCAGGGGCUGGCAACCAUGGUCCAAGUCCUAUGGCGUAUCUCAAAGUGAAGUGUGAGAAGGUGCCCACAAUUAUCACCACCUAUGCCAAAAGUUUGGCUGAAUACAUUCCUGGUGCGGCUCAAAUGACUGGAUUGGCCAUUAGUGAUGAAAAAAACAUUGAGAGACAGAUUGAACUGGUCAUACUUGUCCCAACUGAAAGGACCCUGGACAUCAUUAUUAAGACCCCAACGAUGACUUUGUCCAAGUCAAACUUGGUUCUUCCAAUCGCUUUAACUUUUGAAGCUGUCCAGGCCUAUCCAGAAGAAGAUGUCAUGAACAUAAUUCGAAACCUUUAUAUAGAGGCUAGUUCAGCUAAAUGCAGUAAGGUCAGAAAUACCUUGACUACUUUCAACCAUAGGAUAUACAACUAUGUAAUUCCACUUUCCUGCUACCAAGUCUUGGUUCAAGACUGCACUUCAGAGCAUAAAUUCAUAGUACUAAUAAAAAAGGAGGAUGUCUUUGAGCAUGAAGACCUAAACAUUAAGGUGGCAGACAUUGAUGUAAACAUUUACCACAAGCGCAGUGCAAUGAAGGUUAAAAUGAAUGGAAUUGAAGUACCAACCACAAAUAUUUCAUACCAGCACCCAACAGGAACCAUACGAAUUGAAAAGAAGGGUCAAGGCAUCGCUCUCUAUGCACCAAGCCAUGGUCUACAAGAGGUCUACUGUGACACUGAUCAGUGGAAGAUUUAUGUUGCGGACUGGAUGAAGGGACAGACUUGUGGACUGUGUGGAAUGGCUGAUGGAGAAAUCUUACAGAAUUAUCGUACACCCAGUGGAUACCUGACCAAGAGCUCAGUCAGCUUUGUUCACUCAUGGGUGCUUCCUGCUGAGAGCUGCCAUGAUGCUGACCAGUGUCAAAUGAAGCUUGAAACUGUGGAACUGGAGAAGCAGAAGUCAGAUAGGCAAGAGUCCAAAUGCUACUCUGUUGAGCCCGUGUUGCGUUGCCUGCCUGGCUGUCUGCCAAUUAGGACUAGUCAUAUCACUGUUGGAUACUACUGCCUGCCUUCUAAUCUAAAAUCAAUCCUUUCUGCAAAUCUGAGCAGCAACUAUGAGAAGACUGAAGAUCUGAUAGAAACUGCAGAAGCCCAUGUGGCCUGUUACUGUACAGAGGAGUGUGUUUAACACUGUAGCAAAAUUGCAACGUUUUUUUUUUUUGUUUGUUUGUUGUUGUUUUCUUUAAAAAAUUAUACUAGCUAAACUAAAUUUAUUUAUGGGUUAAAACUACAUCACAUCACUACAUCACAUCAGCGCAAGCUCUGAAAUGUAUCACAAUUGCUAAUUUGGCAGGUAAAUAAGUAAAUUUCCCCCCUAUAAUUUAAUAAAUAUGGUCUUUAGAUAUUUCUUUUGAUGUAACAAUAUCAGACAUAAGUCUAUGCAUAGUCAUACACAAUUCUAUACAUUUACAUUAGUUGAUACAUUAUGAACUAACAAUGAAGAAUAAUUAACAUUAACCAAAAUUAAUAAAUGCUGUGAAGAAUAUUGUUCAUUGUUAAUUCCAAAACCUAAUACAUUAACUAAUGUUCACACAUUCGUAACUAAAUAUUGCCUUCAAUGAAUAAAAUAACACCACAAAUUUGUGACAUUACAUUAUUUCUCUCUCUAAAGCAUUACUAUUUAAGCAAAUCUAUGCAACUGUACAUAUCUGUUUGACUCUAACUGUACAUUGUUUCAGUAUACUAACAUGUGUAACCACAGCAUCAUGGCUACCAUCCUCUCACAACUGUUCUUUUAUUACUUUUUGCCCAUUGUUUCACUGCAUCUACCCAUAUUUGAGGUACAAAGAACAUCAUAUAAUAAUUAUGUCUACAUAAAUUCCACAUACUGCUGAUGUUUUGUGAAUUCUAAUUAUAUUUUGCCAUAUGCAUAAACAUGACAACCAUGUGAUUUGGAUGUUUAUCAAUAUUAGAAACAAUGACCAUGACUUCUUGA